AAUGGCAUUUCAGAAGGCAGUGAAAGGAACUGCUCUCAUUGGAGGAGGUGCCAUAGCAACAGUUUUUGGCCUCUCUCAAUUUUCUCAGUAUAGAAACAAACACGGCACUUUUGUGCAUGUUCAAGCAGCAGAAGCUGUGCCUGUUCCAAUAAAGAACCAUUUCCCCACAAGGGAACAACAAAUUUUGGCACUGCAAACCACAAGUGAAUUUGACGUCCUUGUUAUAGGCGGAGGAGCAACAGGAUGCGGCUGUGCUCUAGAUGCAGUCACUAGAGGACUAAAAACAGCCCUUCUAGAAAGAGAUGAUUUCUCAUCAGGGACCAGCAGCAGGAGUACUAAAUUGAUCCACGGUGGAGUAAGAUACCUGCAGAAGGCCAUCAUGAAGUUGGAUCUUGAGCAGUACAAGAUGGUGAAAGAAGCACUUGAGGAGCGUGCAAAUCUGCUGGAGAUUGCUCCUCACCUGUCGGCGCCGCUGCCGAUAAUGCUGCCUGUUUACAAAUGGUGGCAGCUGCCGUACUACUGGUUUGGAAUAAAACUGUAUGACCUUGUGGCUGGAAGUCAGUGUCUGAAAAGUAGUUACGUCCUUAGCAAGUCAAGAGCCUUGGAGCUCUUCCCAAUGCUACGCAAAGACGAGCUGGUGGGAGCUAUUGUCUACUAUGACGGACAGCACAACGACGCACGGAUGAACCUCGCCAUCGCCCUCACCGCUGCCCGCUACGGCGCUGCCACGGCCAAUUACGCGGAAGUGCUGUGCCUGCUCAAGACGGGUGAGCCGGAAAACAAAUGGGGUGUGUGAUUGAUACUGUUUUCUCUCACAGGGCAGGAAUUUGAUGUCAAAGCCAAAUGCGUUAUCAAUGCUACGGGACCUUUCACAGACUCUGUGCGCAAAAUGGAUGAUCAGGAAGUCCCAAACAUCUGUCAGCCAAGUGCGGGCGUGCAUAUUGUGAUGCCUGGUUAUUACAGCCCUGAUAAUAUGGGUCUGCUUGAUCCAGCCACCAGCGACGGAAGAGUGAUUUUCUUCCUGCCCUGGGAGAAGAUGACUAUUGCGGGGACCACAGACAGCCCGACUGAUGUUACUUCCCACCCGAUACCGACAGAAGAAGAUAUAAACUUCAUUUUGAAUGAAGUGCGCAACUACCUGAGCGUUGAUGUUGAAGUGAGAAGAGGAGACGUGUUGGCAGCAUGGAGUGGCAUUCGUCCGCUGGUCACAGACCCCAACUCCAAAGACACGCAGUCGAUAUCCCGGAAUCAUGUUGUUACUGUUAGUGAUAGCGGCCUUGUCACCAUAGCAGGUGGGAAGUGGACAACCUACCGGGCCAUGGCGCAGGACACCAUUGAUGCGGCUAUUCAGGCGCACGAUCUGAAGGCAGGUUCCAGUAAGACCAUCGGACUGCAGCUGCAAGGGGCUGAGGACUGGAGUCCCACGCUCUACAUUAGGCUGGUCCAGGACUAUGGACUUGAAAGCGAGGUGGCUCAGCAUCUAGCUUCGACGUAUGGUGACAAGGCUUUUGAGGUGGCCAAAAUAGCCCAAGUUACAGGAAAGAGGUGGCCUAUUGUUGGAAAGCGCCUUGUGUCUGAAUUUCCUUAUAUUGAAGCUGAGGUUGUCUAUGGCGUUAAAGAGUAUGCCCGCACGGCAGUGGAUAUGAUUUCCCGACGCACCCGCCUGGCAUUUCUGAAUGUGCAGGCUGCAGAGGAAGCCCUGCCAAGAAUCGUAGAUAUAAUGGGGAAAGAGCUUAACUGGAGCGAGCAGAAAAAAACGGAAGAACUUGAAGCUGCUAAAAAAUUUCUUUAUUAUGAAAUGGGCUACAAAGUAAAAUCGGAUCAAUUAACAGACAGCUCUGAAAUCAGUCUAGGGCCUUCAGAUAUUGAAAGGUACAAGAAGCGAUUCCACAUGUUUGAUAAGGACAAGAAAGGGUUUAUUACUAUACUGGAUGUGCAGCGUGUCUUGGAGAGCAUCAGCGUGCAAAUUGCCGAAAACACACUCCAUGAAAUUCUAAAUGAAGUGGAUCUGAACAAGAAUGGGCAGGUGGAGCUCAAUGAGUUUUUGCAGCUGAUGAGUGCCAUUCAGAAGGGCCACGUCUCUGGAAGCCGGCUGGCUGUGCUCAUGAAGACUGCCGAGGAGAAUCUGCGUCAGCGGGUGGUGAUUCCGGUGGACCGGAGCGGUGGUGGGCUGUGA